AUGGAAGAAGUAGUUUCACAAGUUGAAAAUAUAGAAAAUCACGAACCAAAUGAAUCGAUUACAUCAGAGGCAAUUAAAAAAGUUCAAGAAUGGAUGGAUCAUGAAAUUCAAAUUAUAGCAACAGGAAAUAGAAUGAUCAAAGGAGUUUUCACAUGUUUUGACAAACAACAAAAUAUAUUAUUAAAUUAUGCUUAUGAAGAUGUAGUGUUACCUGAUGGACAAACCAUAAGAAAAGAAUUGGGUGUAGUUUUCGUUCCAAUGAGACAUGUAAUCUCUUGUUUAGUUUUAGAAAAAAAAAUUAAACAAAAACAACAAGAAGAAAAAAAAGAAGAACAACAAGAUUAA